UAUGAGUGCAGCGCUGCGUUGCCGCUUUGUUCAGUCUCCUGCAAACGACCACAGCAAAAUGGCGUCUGCUCCAGAUUACAGCUCCUACAACCAGGCCGGUGCUCAGCAGGGGUAUGCCUCCUACAAUGCGCAGCCCUCACAAAGUUAUGGACAGUCUGCCCAGCAGGCCUAUGGGCAGCAGCAGGGCUACAGCUCCUAUGGUCAACCCACUGCAGCAGACAGCAGCUACAGUCAGGCCACUCCAGCAGCCGGAGGCUAUGCUCAGCAGCAGCAGCAGCAACCUCAGCAGUAUGGUUCUUCCUAUGGACAAGCUGCUUCGACGGGAUACCCUGCAGCUCAGUCCACCACAGCCCAUGGCUACUCCCAGUCUGCCCAGGGUUAUGGCGCCAGUGGAUAUGACAACACUUCUGCUGCUCCAGCUGCUACUCAGUCAUAUGGUUCUCAGUCUGGUUACUCUGCCCAGUCCACCUACCAGGGCUAUGGUCAGCAAGCUGCCACCGCUGCUCAGCAAAGUUACAGCGCCAAUGGCCAACCUGCCAACUACAACCAGAGCAGUUACUCUCAACCAGCGGCGUACAGCCAACAACAGCCUGGCUAUCAGGCCCAACAGUCGGGCUAUGGGCAGCAACAAGGAGGCUAUCAGCAGCCAGCCCAACAGCAGCAGGCUCCUCCUGCUUAUGCCCAACAGAGCACGGGCUCCUAUGGCCAGCCUCCAGCAAACCAGUACAGCCAACAGGGAGGCCCGGCCAGCUACAACCAGGGCAACCACUAUAACAAUUACCGGCAGGACACACAGGGUGCAGGCUCUGGUUAUGCGGGGCCCGAUGGUUCCAGGUACCCAGGAGGUGAUGGCAGGGGCCCGGGCAGGGAUGGUUUUGACCGUGGAGGGAUGAUGCACAGAGGGCGUGGAGGCCGAGGCAUGGGCGCUGGAGACAGAGGUGGCUUCAGUAAGCCUGGUGGACCCAUGGGCGGCGAUGGAGAGCGUGAGAUGGGUCGUCCUGAGGAGCAGGAUGACUCUGAGAACAGCACCAUCUAUAUCAAAGGACUGACUGAGAAUGCCACUGUUGAGGAGAUGGCAGAGUUCUUCAAACACGUUGGGCCAAUCAGAAUGAACCGUCGACUUGGAAAGCCUGCUAUUAAUCUAUAUGAAGACAAAGACACUGGGAAGCCCAAAGGAGAUGCCACUCUGUCCUAUGAGGAGCCAGUCUGUGCUAAGGCGGCUGUGGAGUACUUCGAUGGAAAAGAGUUUCAGGGUAGGAGACUGAAUGUGUCAAUGGCCCGCCGUAAGCCUACCAUGGGAGGGAUGAGGGGAGGAAUGCCCAUGCGAGAUGGGAUGAUGGGCCGAGGAGGUAUGAUGGGUCGUGGAGACAGGGGGGGGUUUGGCCCACGAGGAGGACCACGUGGAAUGGGGCGAGGUGGACCAACCGGGGGCAACAUGCAACAGAGGGCUGGGGACUGGGAGUGUCCAAACCCGGGUUGCGGAAACCAGAACUUUGCCUGGCGCAUGGAAUGCAACCAGUGCAAGGCUCCUAAACCAGAAGGCCUUGGUGGAGGUCCUCCAUUUUCCCCUGGUGGUGACAGAGGCAGAGGAGCAAUGGGUAUGCGUGGAGGAAGGGGCAUGGAUCGUGGGGGCCCAGCCGGAGGAGGACCGAGUGGCCCAGGCUUCCGUGGAGGCUGGGGGGGAGAUCGUGGAGGCUUCAGGGGUAGAGGGGGAAUGGAGCGGGGAGGUUUCAGGGGCCGCGGGGGACCACCCAUGGACCGGAUGGGUGGCCGUGGAGGCCGGGGAAUGGGUCCACCUGGAGGCAAGAUGGACAUGAGGGAGCACCGUCAGGAGCGCAGGGAUCGGCCCUACUGAAGUACUUGUUCUUCUUGAGGAAUGUUGUUUUUUUAAUACCCACUUUUAUUUAUGAUUCCAUGUCUCGUGGAUAAAGAAGUAUCCUGUGAGAUUUCAUUCACCAACUUUUUUUUGUUUGCUCAUGGUAAAUACUUCAAACGUGUUUUCUGCAUGUGUGUUGUCUUUAUUUUUUAAUACUGUUUCCACAAUAUACUGUCAUGUGAUAUUUUUCAUAUUAGAAGUCUCCCCUUUCCCAAGAAAUG